CUGGCUGGUGUCUCAGGGCAAAAAAUCCCUUAGGGAGAGGUGAGUACCACUUCAUCAUUCACCUUCACUGCCAUUCCCUGCCACCAGCAGCACUCCAAGAGGUGUGGGUAAAAUAAACAACAGAAAAAUUGGAAGCCUGGAAAGUUGAAUUGCUCUGUGUUUUAUUUGAAGGGUGUGGAAGGAAACCCUGGAGGAGGGGAAUGACCUCGCUCGGCUGGUAAGACAAUGAGAGUUAGACACAUACUACAAGUCAGUGAGCUCUUUACUAGCCUUUCAACAACUAGUUAGUACAGCAGAAUCGAUAUGUUGUGAAAUUUCACUAAUCAGACUUCCUGUUUCCUACGGCAGACCUGGGAAGUCAAUACUUGCCUAAAAAUGAUAGACAUAGAGCACGAGGCUGUCUGCAAGCUCCGCCGCUCCUUGCACUCCACCUCGCCAGCUGACAUCGACCCUAAGGUCCACAGCAUCGUGGAAAGAGCUGUAAGGAGCAUUAUGGGCGAGCUGUCCAAUGAGCCCCGUAGCAACCUGCUCAGCCCAUCCCAGGUGGUUGUGGAGGUGGUGCCCAGGCUCCUCCUGGCCCUGUGGCUUCAGCCAGAGGAAGGCCAUAGGGUGCACCCAAUCCUAAUAAGCGGGAUGGCCGUGGGCAUGGUGGCGGCCGUAGUGGAGAAGCUCUCCAGCAUGUUAAAGGCCCCUUCCCCUCAAAUCCCUUUCUCCCGCGCUGCGGCUUUUGAAUCUGUGUGGUCAAUCCUCGGGAGAAUCAGUCAGUCCUUCUCCACGGAUGACCUCCAGAGCCCAUUUUAUGUGAGAUCUGUCUGUGCCUUUGUGGCUGACGAGGUACAGAGCUGCUUCCAGCCCCCUGCAGCCACUUUACCAGUCCUCCCUGUCGUCGCCGCGGCCAUCUCCACCGCACCUCCAGACAUCCUAGCAGAGGCAGACCCGGCUUCUUCCCACAUGGAGGUUGUGAAUAUCAACGCUAACACAGAGGCAGACCAGGAUUCUUCCCACCUGGAGGUUGUGGACAUCACCGCUAACAUAGAGGCAGACCAGGUGUCUUCCCACCUAGAGGUUGUGGACAUCACCGCUAACAUAGAGGCAGACCAGGUGUCUUCCCACCUAGAGGUUGUGGACAUCACCGCUAACAUAGAGGCAGACCAGGUGUCUUCCCACCUAGAGGUUGUGGACAUCACCGCUAACAUAGAGGCAGACCAGGCGUCUUCCCACAUAGAGGUUGUGGACAUCACCGCUAACACAGAGGCAGACCAGGCAUCUUCCCACUUGGAGGUUGUGGACAUCACCGCUAGCAUAGGGGCAGACCAGGCAUCUUCCCACUUGGAGGUUGUUGACAUCACCGCUAGCAUAGAGGCAGACUCUGCUUCUUCCCACUUGGAGGUUGUGGACAUCACCGCAAACAUAGAGGCAGACUCUGCUUCUUCCCACUUGGAGGUUGUGGACAUCACCGCUAGCAUAGAGGCAGACCAGGCAUCUUCCCACCUGGAGGUUGUGGACAUCACCGCUAGCAUAGAGGCAGACUCUGCUUCUUCGCACUUGGAGGUUGUGGACAUCACCGUUAACAUAGAGGCAGACCCGGCCUGUUCCCACCUGGAAGUUGCGGACAUCGGCCCUAAAACAGAGGCAGACAGAGCUUGUUCCCACUUGGAGGUUGUGGAAAUCACCCCUAAGACAGAGGCAGACCUGGCUAAUUCACACCUGGAGGUUCAGGACAUCACCCCUCAGACACAGCAAGAUCCAGCUUCUUCCCACCUAAAUGUUGUGGACAUCACCCCUAAUAGGGAGGCAGAGCCAAUCUCUUCCCUCGUGGAGGUUGUGGAUGUCACACCUGAAGAAAGGACUCUCAAGAUGGCCAUCGUCGCCACUCUGCCAACUGACAUCCAAGCAGAGGAUGUUGCUGUGGUCAUCCCAGAUGUCACCCCACACGUCACCAAGGAUGUGACACUGGAUGUUCCAUGCAGAGCUGCAUGCAAAGGGAAAGUCCACCGAUUUUUUUUCAGGCUUUGGAGGGCAGUGUGCUGCUGCGCCUGCCACAAGGAAGAGGAGGAACAAUAUUAG